UUCCCCUGUCUCUCACUCUGUCUUUCCUUCCCCAAGAUUGAAGUAAAACAAACAAAAAAGAUGGUGUUCCCAAUGGUGCUUCUGAAACUAGCAGAGUGGGUAUUGUACCAACUCUUAGCCAACUCAUGUUACAGAGCUGCAACAAAGAUGAGAAGCUAUGGUUUCUUUCUCAAAAACCCAUCUUUUAAAUCAUCACAACUGUCACAGCAGAAUUGUUUUCCGAGUGUUACCAAGUGUAGUUUGGAGGGUAGAGGGUCUGCUGAUAAAAUACUAGUAUGUGACAUUCCUGGUGUUCUGUUGAGAAACAAAUCUUUCUUCCCUUAUUUCAUGCUAGUUGCCUUUGAAGGUGGUUGCAUUUUGAGGGCAUUUUUGCUGUUGUUGUCGUGUUCUUUUUUGUGGGUUUUGAACAAUGAGCUUCAAUUGAAAGUCAUGAUCUUUAUUACCUUCUGUGGGCUUAGAGUCAAGGACAUGAAAAGUGUUAGCAGGGCUGUUUUGCCUAAGUUUUAUCUUGAGAAUCUCAAUCUUCAAGCCUAUGAGCUUUUGGCUUCUGCUGGUUCUAAAGUUGUAGUCACCAAUGUUCCAAAAAUAAUGGUUGAAGGAUUUCUUAAGGAAUAUUUAAGUGUUAAUAAGGUUAUAGGCACUGAGUUGCACACUCUUGGGCACCUGUUUACUGGUUUGGUUUCUGGUUCUGGUUUACUUUCGAAGCACACAGCAGUUAAGGAGCAUUUUGGAGACAAAAAGCCUGAUAUUGGACUUGGAUGUUCAAGCCAACAUGACCUCCUCUUUCUCUCACUAUGCAAGGAAGGUUAUGUGAUAAACAAGGAGGAUGGCAAAAUCAAUUCAGCAAUGCCAAGGCACAAGUACCCAAAGCCUCUUGUAUUCCAUGAUGGAAGGCUUGCAUUCUUGCCUACUCCCUUGGCAACACUAGCAAUGUUCAUGUGGCUUCCCAUUGGAAUAAUCCUUUCCAUAUUCAGACUCUUCGUGGGAAUCUUCCUUCCAUACAACUUAGCCAACUUUUUGGCUACAUUGAGUGGUGUGAGAAUAUGUGUCAAAGGCUGCAAACUGAACCCUUCAAAAACUUCCAAAAAGGGAGUCCUCUAUGUUUGCACUCACAGAACACUCCUAGACCCAGUUUUUCUAAGCACUUCCUUGGGGAAACCAUUAACUGCAGUCACAUACAGUCUGAGCAAAAUGUCUGAAAUCAUAGCUCCUAUUAGAACGGUGAGGCUUACAAGGGACAGAAAGAAAGAUGGAGAGACAAUGGAGAGGCUGCUUGGUGAGGGAGAUUUGGUGGUGUGUCCAGAAGGAACAACAUGUAGAGAGCCAUAUUUGUUGAGAUUCAGCUCUCUAUUUGCAGAAUUGGCAGAGGAGAUAGUCCCAGUGGCAAUGAACACACAAGUGAGCAUGUUCUAUGGGACAACAGCAAGUGGGUUUAAAUGCUUGGAUCCAAUCUUCUUCUUGAUGAAUCCAAGACCUUCCUACCAUGUUCAAAUCCUUGGGAAGGUCCCUAGACGGUUGACAUGUGCUGGUGGAAAAUCAAGCUGUGAAGUAGCAAACUACAUCCAAAAACAACUGGGUCUUACUUUGGGAUUUGAGUGCACCAAUCUUACUAGGAAGGACAAGUACUUGAUGCUAGCAGGUCAUGAAGGGAUUGUCCAACAAACAUCGUGAGAGAAAGUGUUAAUUACUCGUCUAAUAUCGAUCCCAUUAAUUUUAUGAAUCCUUCUUUUUCCCCUAAAAGAUUCUUAAUUAACCAUUUAAUUUUUCAGUGAUGGUUAUUUAAUUUUUCUACGCCAUGAGAUAGAUAUAUAUAUAUAUAUAUAUAUAUAUAUAUGAGGUAUUUACUUAAUAAUAAUUUAUGAGCAGUGACAAGGUAUGGAGUAAUGUUAAGAAUUGAAUAGGUUGCUUGGAGAACGCAAGUAAUGUGUACAUAAUACAUACAGGCAUGGUCAAUUGGUGAUGGCGGUUUGAGCAUUCAAGGAUGGAUGGAAGCUUUUAAUAGGGUGAGGGUGGGGGAUAUCUACACAUGAUGGUGCAGUGCAGCUCCUACUCAGUGCUGAGUGCUGACACUUGAAAUUUAUUUUCUCUCAGAAUUUUAUUAAUUUCUUCUGGUAAUUAAUUAAAGAAUAAUUUAAUAUAUAUAGGAAGAUCAUGCUGUAUGCCUGUAUGUAUUGUAUACUGCUAUAU